AUGGAGGAUGUUAAAGUUAGCCCAGAGACUAGGAAUGUUGGUAUGGAUUCUGAUGAUGAUGAAUUUAUUCAAGAACCAUAUGUAUUAGAUUCACGUUUAAAACUUCCCGAUAAUAUAAUUCUCCCAAAGACAAUGAGGGAAGGAUCAAGAAUUGAAAAAACUGCUUCUUUUGUUGCUUUGAAGGGUUCACAAAUGGAAAUAUUUAUUCGUGUUAGACAGAAACAUAAUGCUUCAAAAUUUAAUUUUUUAGAUUUCGAACAUCCAUUGAAUGCUUUUUAUAAAGCUAUUAUAAAUGAAGUUAAGAAUAAUAAUUAUCAACCGAAAAAUUACACACCAAAAAGAAAAGUUCAAAAAUCUUUAUGCGAUUAUUCUUCAAGUGAUAAUGAUGAUAGUAAUUCUUAUCUUCAUCCAACUCUUGUCAAAAAACCAAAAAAGCAUGAGCAAAAGGCACCUAUUGGACCAAUGUGUGAAAAAGAAGCAAACUUUAUAAUUCAUAAAGAAGUUAAUGAUAAAGCUAAAGUUUUAAUGAAACAAAAGUAUGACAUCACACAGGGGAAAGAUAUGUAUUCAAAAUUAUUUAAAAAUCUUGUUGAUCAUGCAAAGACAGAGUCUUCUGAUACUUCUCAAAAAGUUGAAGAAAAUAGUGAAUCAAAAGAUUAUUAUGAAUGGUAUACUUCAGUUUACAAAAUUCGUCAUUCUCUAGAACCAACGACACUACCUCCAAUAUUUGAUCCACCAAAAGCGCUUCAAAAUAUUAUCAAUUCUGCUAUCAAUUACAUCAUAACAAAUGGAAUAGAAGCUGAAAGAAAAUUGCUAGAAGCUAAUCCAGCAUUAACAUUCCUUCUUGAAGGAGAUCCUAAUUAUUUUUAUUACCAAUUAAAAUUAAAGCAAAAACAUAUUGAUAUGGGUAAAUGGAAUGGUAAUAAAAAGACUGAAACUUUGUGA